GAAAAAAAAUUAUAAAAAAAAAAAAAUUAAAUAUUUGUUUAAAACAAAAUCGCAAUUUGCAUAACGUUCUGGGCAAGUAGGAAGCGAAAGUUUGAGAGCUAGUUAUGUCGUAUCAAAUUAAGUCUACCCCGUUUUUUCGGCGUAUGGUUACGACGAGCAAGAAGAACGGCCAGUUGCAGAAGCUCAAGGAGGAGUAUGAGCGUAUUAAAGAUUUUAACGAGCGUACAAUUGAUAUUAAAAUGCGUCAGGUGCGUUUGAAACGUUUAUUUAAGGAAAUUGAGGAGAUCAAGGAAACCAAUUUGAAAAAACGGCGUAUGGUUAAAGAGAAAACGCUCAAAAAUCAGAUGCCAUAUUAUCGUGACGAUUUAUCGAAAUCGGAGAAAAAUCGUAGAAGAAGCCAUCAAAGUAGAAGCUCACCCGAGCAAUCUAAAACAAUGACUAAGAUACGUAGUGAGGAGGGUUUUGGCCUUGCUAAACGAUCAAAAUUGAACUCACCACCGAGAAAGGCGCAAACGGACGAAGAUGAAGAGAAAAGUAUGGCACGUGUUAAACGACGUCUCAUUUAUGGCAAUCUAGUAUCGAAUUGGAAUAUGCAACGUAUGCUUACAAAUAAUUUGAGCGGAGAAGUUAACUUUGGCUUGCGUGAGACCCUUAAAGAGACUCGUCGUUUCUUAAACAAACCUUUCAUGCAUACUGAUCCCGGAAUAACAUCGGACGCAAUAAACAGAAGCAAACAUGAGAAAUUAAAACAUCGCAUCAAUUCCCCUAACACUAUUCCCAAAACGUCAAGACAGCGCAAAAAGCACGCUGCCGCAAUGGAUGAUGUGGUGAUCGCUUCUAAUAAGAAAUUGACUGGCAGUAUAAUGUCGCAACGAUCUAAAAUCGAAGGUAAUCUUGAUGGACAAUCUCUUGCUGAUAAAACAAUAAAUCGUAAGGGUAGCGAUGCCAUUUAUUCUUGUCUUUCAUCAGAAAGACAAAGUGGAGAUGAUGAAAAACGUAUAAAUGCCCGUAAACGUUGGGACAAAAUUUCUGGAACAAUAAGCAGUCCAUUUGAUAUUAACAAGUGUACUAGAUUUUUAGAAACUCUAGAGAAGUGUCACAACGAUUUGGAAUAUCAGCUGCGCACUAUCUCCAAUGACACGCAUUUACCGCAGAGUCAAAUUAUGGUUCAACAAGAUGAGCAAUUGAAUUUAUCCGAAAACGACGAUGACAGCCGUAUCGAAGGUGAAGUUCUUGUUAACAAGGAAAUCUUAUUUGAAGAUGCCAUCUCACGUUCUCCAAGUGCAACACCGAAACUAGGCCCCACUAUACCGCCACCACCUCCACCACCAUUUCCGCUCAAUCUUCAUCAAGACUAUAGGAAAACGUCCUUUCGACCAGACAAUCAAAUUAUGAGCAAUAAUAACCGAAUUGCAACACUUCUUAAAAACUAUCCACCGCUUUCCUGUCAAUUGCUAACCGUGGAAAACCAAUGCGGUAGUGCAUUCUGUGUGCAAAGACUACGUGAAAUUUUUGAGCAUAAACCUUAGGGUUUCCGUCACCUUUAUAAUGAUAAUAGUAAUAGUAAUAACAAUAAUAAUGACACAUCAUACCAGAGUGGAGCGGCAUAAGAAAAUUCAGAAUUAACAUCCGGCUCGAAAGUCAUAUAUGCAUUUCGCGUUACGCUCUAUGAAUAAUUUUACUUAAAGAAAAGUUUCCUUUUUUUUUGCGCUAUCGAUCGCUUUUUGCUAGUUUCCGACGUGAGGUAACUAAUGUACAAUGU